UCAACGGUCGUGAAAAUCGAGCAAAGCUCCGUGUGAAAAGCGCAGAAAUUCGUUGAACGAAAUUGAUAUCGAGCGUUUAGCUGUAUUAAAGCGGAAAUCGAGGAAAAUCUGUGAUUUUCCAAACCGCGCGAGUGUGUGUGUGAAAAGUCCGCUUUAAAGCAGCCUGGAAUUUCGAGUCCCUCAAACAAGACAAACUUUGACGGUAACCACGGACACUCUGCCAGGGAAGAGCGAACGUUGAUGGCUGCCACCAAAAUCAUCGAUGCGCCGCGCAACGGCCACGAGAUGGCUCCAUUGAACACGAGGGCGCGGGGGGACGGCACCCACGGGGUGACCAUCGUCCUCACCGCCCCCCAGCGCAACUCCGUUCAGUCGGUGGACAUUCCGGGCAACGAGCCCGAAAGGGCCGCCUGGAGCGGCAAGAUGCAGUUCUUCCUCAGCAUCAUCGGCUACUCGGUGGGCCUCGGCAACAUCUGGCGCUUUCCCUACCUCUGCCAACAGAACGGAGGAGGUGCGUUUCUGAUACCCUUCAUGGUGAUGUUGAUACUGGAAGGCAUUCCCCUCUUCCUCAUCGAGCUGGGAAUCGGUCAGCGAAUGAGGUUGGGUGCCCUGGGUGUGUGGAACACCAUCCACCCCUGGCUGGGUGGCAUCGGCAUCUCCUCCUGCAUAGUCACUCUGUUUGUGGCUCUCUACUACAACGUGAUUAUCACGUGGGUGUUCUUCUACCUCUUCAACAGUUUUCGAUACCCGCUGCCCUGGUCCACCUGUCCGCUGAAUGGAACGGGUUUUGAGCUGGAGGAGUGCGCCAAGUCAUCGGAGACGACGUACUUCUGGUACAGGACCACCUUGGAUGCGGCUCCCUCGAUGGACGAACCGGGUGGCCUCAAGUGGUGGAUCGUGCUCUGCCUGAUGCUCUCCUGGACCAUCGUCUUCUUCAUCGUGAUGAAGGGCAUCCAGAGCUCCGGCAAGGUGGUCUACUUCACCUCCCUGUUCCCCUACAUCGUGCUGACCAUCUUCUUCAUCCGGGGAAUCACGUUGCGAGGAGCGGGAGCUGGACUAAUGCACAUGUACACGCCGAAGGUGGAAAAGCUGCUGGAGCCCACGGUGUGGUUGGAUGCAGCCACUCAGGUGUUCUACUCCUUUGGCUUGGCCUUUGGCUCAUUAAUUGCCUUUGGAAGCUACAACACCCCAAAGAACAAUUGCGUGAGGGAUGUGCUCCUGGUUUCCGUUUGCAAUGCGGUAACUGCAAUCUACGCCAGCGUGGUGAUCUUCGCCAUUCUGGGAUUCAAGGCCACCGUUAAUGUGGAUCGCUGUGUGGCCAGCAAUACGGACAUCCUGGUGAGGAACAAGCUGCUGGGCAUCAAUGACACCCAGGGCUAUGAGCACGCCAUGAGUUUGCUGAAUGAAACCGACUUGACCCGCUUGCAACUCACUGAGUGCAGUUUGGCCCACGAACUGGAUAAUGCCGCUGAGGGCACUGGUCUGGCCUUCAUUGUGUUCACCCAGGCCAUCGUGGAGCUGCCAGGAGCUCCCUUCUGGGCGGUGCUCUUCUUCACCAUGCUGCUCUCGCUGGGAUUGGGCUCGCAGAUCGGCAUCCUGGAGGGCAUGCUGUGCACCCUCUUCGACAUCGACAUUAUCAAGCGGGUUAAGAAACAGCACGUCACUGGCGUGGUGUGUCUCUUCUGCUUCAUUGUCGGUUUCAUCUUCUGCACAGGUGCCGGCGAGUACUGGCUCAAGAUGUUCGACUCCUUUGCCGGCACCAUUGGCCUCGUGGUGGUGGCCCUCAUGGAGAUGAUAGCCGUGAUCUUCAUCUACGGACACGAGCGCUUCACUGAGGAUAUCUACCAGAUGACCGGCUACCGACCUGGUCUCUACUGGCAGUGGACUUGGCGGUACAUCGGCCCCGUCAUCAUGGUCUGCAUCUUGGUCUCCUCCGUGGUGUUCAUGGUCAUCAGAAAUCCCACUUACGGUGCCUGGAAUGCCGAUCUGGGCAUGAUUGAACAGAAGAGCUACCCGAACUGGGUGAUGGGCAUCGCCCUGUCGAUGAUCCUGGCCGGGGUCCUGCCGAUGCCAAUCGUGUUCCUCAUGCGCAGCUUCCAGUGCCUCAAGGUGGACCUGGACAUCCACCAGGGAUCGAUCCGGCGAAACGAGACGACCGCCUCCACCAAGGAGAUGAUCGACAACGACGACGAUGACGACGAGGACGACGAGAACGACUUCAGCGGUCCCGCGCUGGGCGGUCAUGUGAAGACCCAAAGUGAUUUCUCCGACGACGAGGAGGAGGACAAGCCCAUGACCAUGCGAAUGAUGAUGAUGCGUCCGACGACAACCGCCAAGACAUCGAACGUGCUAAAUGUGCCAACCAGCAGAAAGAACAACUACAAGAAGGAGGCGUACGAUGUCUGAGGAUACAAAGCCCAUCCACCACACAUAGAAGCCAUUCAGGGUACAGACACAGAUAAAGAUACAGAUACAGAUACAGAUACAUAUACAGGUAGAGGUCCAGGUGAAAGUCCAGGUAAUGAGGUCCAGAACCGAAACGAAAUGGCAAGUGAAGUGUAUUUAACCGAGACGAGAAAAGAGGGAAAAGUGCGUGCCGAGCGAAGCGCAAACAUUUAUAAAUAUUUACUAUAAGUAUUUUAACAUAAUUUAAAGAUAAACUAAGUAAUUAACAGAAUAAACAGCCGGAGAAUUGCACUCGAGUGCGUAACUAAAAUUGUUAAAUCGUAUUUUAACACAAACUGAACUAAACCCAAACUAAAUUAAAUUUAACAAAAACUAUGUACGAGUACAAUGUGCCGCAGGAUGAUAGGUAUUAUCGAAAACGGGUUGCAAAGAGUUUAAAUUUAAAUUCGAUUAUGUAGCAUUUAGUUGGAAUGCUUAAAGCUUUACCAUUAGACACUCGAGCACACAAACGGAAAGUAUUUCUUAUACCCAUUAUCCGCACUCCCCCUCCUGAAAAUCCCCUCCAAAUAAUCCCAAUUCCAAACCAAAUUCCCGACACUCCCCGAUGAAAACUAUUUUAUGGCAAACGCUUAAUAGUCUAUCUACUUAGCCAGCGCAUUUCCAACGAGUUAAACUCAACAUUUAGUUUUAGUGUAGAUCUGCCGUGUUUUUAAUUUGACCUCGAGUAGAGCUCACCCGAACUAUAAAUGUAUUUAAUCUUAACGGAGUUACACACUUUAAUAUUACUUCAAACAGGUUAAGAGCGUUGAGACACAAUAUUAACACUUCGAGUUCUAGUUGAGUUGAACAAAUACCUAUACUUACUGUAUUGAUUAGUGAAAGAUACAUGGAAUGUGUGAUAUUCUACAUAAUAUCCUCAAUGUUUAGGUGUUAAGACUUUUCAUCCCCGAAUCCCCCCAAAUCACUCUCUCAAUCUAUUUUCCCCGUUCGAGCCACUCAAGAGUAUUUUCCCACACUGACAGAGCUAAAAACAAGGAAAACAAAACAUGAAAAAUAAACUGCUGUGAAUAGUUUUAGUGGUUGUAAAGUUCUAUCGAAGAAGGGAAACCAUGAAGCGUCUAAUAUUUAACUAGUUAUUAAGCGGCACCCCAUUGUUCACCUGAGUUCCCUCCACCGGAUACCCAAAAAAGAUAGUCCUAGCCAUGUUCCAUAUUCCAAUUCGGUUUCCGCAAAAUGGUUCUCAUACAAUCCCCCAGAAACUUUCGCUUUUUUCGGAAAGGCAACUCGAUAUCUGAAUAACUGACAACUGAAUCAAAACACAUGGAAUUUCAAAGUACUCAAAGAAGGAAGGCAGAACGUUGAAGACAAUAAGACAAAUAUAGAAAUAUACUUAUGAUAUGGCCCGUCGAGUUUAGAAAGGUUUGUAGCGACCGACGCGGUAGAUUUCCCCAUAGAGAGCAGGAAUUUUUCCGAUUUAUCCGAUUUAACCGACUUAUUUUUGGGAGAUAUGUAUCCAUUUUUUACACCGCCAAUCAAAAGCAGUUCCGAUCAAGGAUCCGAUUAGACAGCAGAUUUAUACGCAUAUUUACAUGAUUGUAAAGUUCCAGGAGGAGGUUACAGGACUUAGUUGCCCCAAUCCCCCCACCUUAUCCAUUAAAGUCGAAUCCUCGCAAUGCAAACGCAACCGAAACCGAAACCAAAUACAUAGUACCAAGCCUAUUGUAUAGUUUACUUGUUUACGCCACUAUAUAUACGAGCAUUAAACCUAUAUAUAUAUACAGUACGUAUUUAUCAUUAUACCUAGUUCUACUAUAAAUAUUGUGUAUCAAUUAUUGUCGUAGUGCUAAAGCCCCGGACUUGUGUAAAUUUGAAUGUAUUAAACAAAAAAAGAAAACACUGCAAGGAGAUGAAUACUUAUAUGAAAUAUUAUUAUACCGUACGCAAGAAAUUAUUAUUAAUAAAGAUAUUUCAUGAUUAGUGCGUUAAGUUGAAGAAGAGCAAAACGAA